UAAAAUGCAGAGAGGAGCAGGGGGAGGAAUAUUUUGGUUUAGCUUUGGGUGUGUAUAAAGGUUUCUGUCUUAACUUUUGAAAGGAUGGCAAUAUUCCUUCAUCUAGGGGAAGGGCAGGAUCUGCUUGUCUUGUGGAAUGAGGGACAAAUCCCUGCCCUGCUCAGGGCAACUUUUUAAUAAGAGAGCAGGGAAAGCAUCGAGUAACCCAACGAAGCAGGUGACCUAUGGCGAGGUUGUCAGUCAGGCCAACAGGCAGGGUGACUCUAGAGCAGCAUUGUGGGAAUGUGGCACUGCCUUGAACAGCAAUUAAAUGAUGGAAUGGUGCUUCCUGCAGCAGUGCAGCAUGAUGUGCCUGGGAUGGGGUAGGGGACAACUGGUGUGAGUGACAAGUGGUGUCAUCCAAGACUGCUACUCCCUGAUGUUGGAUAUCAGACUCUGCAGGCACCUGUGUCACUUCCCUGGCUCAUCAGCCCCCUCUGGCUCUUGCAGAGCAGUUUUCUGUGGUGGGAUCACAGCCCUGCCCCAAGUCUGUCCAGUGUACUGCAUAUACAGAUAUGAUGGUCAGGAUUAGCACUGCAGCUUGAAAUAAUCCCAAAAAUGUCACCUCCUAAACACUGAGCUUGUAAGAAAGCACCUCUGCAGAGCUUUCUAGCCAGAAGUGUUUUCUUUUGAGAGUUCUGAAGGACUUACUGAGUUCUUUGCUGACUGCAGCACUUAAGCAUGAGUUUGGCUUUAAGUGAGAAUGUUCAGGUGCUUACAGCUGGUUUGUAAUAAUCUAUCAUUUACAAACUUAAGCCUGAUUGUUUAGUCCUUUCCUAAAUACCAGUUGCAGGAGGCAGAGAGGACAUCUUUAUCCCCUGCUGCUUUCUGGAGAAAGUGUCAGUUCUGCGGUUCUCUCUGUUCUAUAUUUCUUUGCACCAGAAAUGACCCUGCUGCUCUUUGUCGACAGUGUUUCCUUUUAUCCCUCUCCUGGCAGCUGCUCUUGCUCCAUUCUGAUGUUGGAACAGCAAAUGAAUUCCCUCUGAAGCAAAUGUCAAGCCAGUAAAGAUGUUGAAGCAGCAAGAAAAUCAUCUCUUUCUCUGAAGACAGAAUUGGAGACCUUUGUGAAUGAGAUGUUCUUAAAAUAGCUCCUCAGUAUGUUAUCUUCCCUAGAAGGUGCAGAAUUGAAAGCAUCACCACAAGGCACUUGCCCUUGUGUGAGCAGCAUCCCUAAAUGAUGGGUUUUGGAGAGGGGAGAGAAGCAGGCUACUUCCUUUUCCUCCUCUCCAGGCAAAAAGCACUGCAUGAUUUUCAUCUCUGUGUGAUGGUACAUUUAUGUUUUUUCCAAGAAUUGCAUCGCUGUUUGCUGCUUGUUUAAAUAUGUCAUGUGUUGAGUGACCUUGUUCUCCAUGAUCCACUGUUACUGGGGUAAACUGGUAGCUAAAAGCAAAGCCAAGCCACAAGUUGAGUAGAGGUGCUCUGAAUUACCCUCUCCAAGGAUCAGGGUGGUUGAGGCCUCUGUGGAGAGUAGAGGUUCUCAGCUGUUGGGGUGUGCCACAGCCUGGAUAGGCUGAACUCAGCAUUGAGUCACAUCAUGCAGUUCAGUUCCUGUCUUGAUUCAAAUCUGUUUUCCAAGGAAGAUAGCGGCUCUGGAAACCUUCUCUUCUGUGGAACUUCGGAGUCACUGGUUCAGGUGAUGGAAGCUCCGUUUCUGUGGUCAGACAGACAACAGGCAUUGGUUGUACAUGGAGAAUUUGGUUAGUUUGGGAGGUCUUGCUGAGAUUUUUCCAGCCUCAACUAGUUCAGGAUGUUUGAUUCCCUGAUAACCUCAGGAGAGCGUUGGGCCCAGCAGCAGGGAUGGCAUGAGCUGCUGGGCUGUGACAUCCCAUUGUCCCUGAGUGUAGGGCAGGGCUCACAUUCUGGAGUCCCACAACUUGAUGAGCCAGUGCUCCACGGGUUGCAGGUGCCUUUUGAGAAUUCAUUGUUGUGUUGUUGCUUCAUAAUCCUGUCCUUGAAAACAGAUGUUUUUGAAGAAAGUAAAUCUUGCAUAUGUGCACUUCAGAGCAGAAAAUGCAGGCUGCACAUGUGACAUGCACAUGAGCUGUCGUUACUUUGUUUAUUGAAAAAAUUAUUGUAAUGAAUGGAAUUGAGGGUUUGGGUGGUAAAAUUAAUCCAGAAAAGUCUGAUACAACUUUUUGCCAGAAUCAUGAAUAGAAUCUUCCACAUGCUUGUGAAUAUCUGAAUAUUUCUAUUUUUCUUCAACUUGGUGGAAGGGGAAUUGAUAAGUUAAAAUACUACAUGCAAAACCGAAAUCACUAAUUGAAGAAUAGGAAUUUUUAUAGCAGUUUCAUAAUUAUAUUCAUAACAUAAGUUUAUGGAAAAAUAAGUUUAUUAGGAGAAAUGUUAACAUUUUGACAUCUUCAGUUUUUCAUCUUUUGUGUGAAGGUGUACUGAUAUAAGCACAGAGUUUCCAGAGGUUUCUCAGCUAAGACUAAUAAUGUUUUUCCUAGUCCUGUUUUUUUGACAUGAUAAUAUCUCUUUAAGGGCUUUCUUUACCAGAUCAAUUCCUUUCCUACCAGGAGAACUAAAGCUUUUCAGCUGUCUGUCCAAUUUAUCCUUCUGGACUAAAUUUCUCAUCUCGAGAUAACCAGCAGCAACCUUCCCCUCAGGAGAUUUGUAUCAAUUAGUUCUGCAUCACUGAUUCCUGUGGUACUGGGGGACUAGUGGGUUGUAAGAAAGCUGCUCUGUAAACAGUUAUGGCUGUUGGGGGUUCUGGGGGUUUGUCUUUACUUUUUUUUGUUUAGAGGCCAUGGGUGCCAUCACUGGAGAUCUUGCUCAUGCUUGCCCUGUCCUUGCCUGUGAGGCUGGGCACUGCUUCACUGCAGAGGGCAUGCAGGACUGUUCAAGGUUUGUGCUGCCUGGUGGGCUGGGGGAUGAGAGCUCUGGGUGCUCUCUGGCUGCCGCAGCGGCCCCGCUGCCACCCCUGGUGUCACCAGCUCCUCACAUGGCUGGCCAGGUGGCAAGUGGGAAGUCACUGCUGCUGAUGGUAACGUGAGUGGCAGAUGCAGUCUGGCAGGAAAGCAGGUUAUUCUGCAGCUUGAAUGCAGGCCAGGCUUCACCUAAUCCCUCUCUUAGCCACAGAAAGGUGGCUUUAAUCUAUUUAUUCUGCAUUUGGUUGUUUUUUCAGUGCUGAUCUAUCUGCAAAUGCCAUUGCACUGUUUGUCUGUUUCUAUCCAUUUGCCAUUAGCAGAUGUGUUGGGACAUGAGGCUGUUUCCAGUCACUCAAAUCUAAUCCUAGCAGUGCUGCAGGAUCUUAGGAAUUUCUCUGCAUUUAUACAGAAGUAAACGAUGUAUAACAUGUCAUUUUUAAGAAUCUGCUACCAGCAAUUUUGUUAGACAAAAUUGUUAGGAGUUUGUUAGACAGCUGAUUUUCUUUCUGCUGAUGUUUUAGACAAAACUAAUUUGAUAGGAUUAUUAGAGGAGGAAAAUUAAAAGGACAGAAUCAUCCAGGAAGCUCAUUAAAAUGGAAACCCUGAAAAAACUGGGUAAUUGGGUGUUGAUUGUGUCCUCCCCCCCCCUCACUUUAUGAGCAGUAUUGUAUUAAAAGUAACAUGUCUGCAGGAUGAUGCUUCAACAUCUGUUAUUGCUGAAACAAAAUUAUUUGCUUGUUUUUUCCUCUCUACAUUCUUCCAACAUCUGCAUGUGUAGAUCUAUCCUGUAUAUAUUUAUCCCGUCUAACACCACUCCUUUCCAGGGAAAAGGCAUCAAAGGGAAUGGGAUCCUCGCUUUGGUUUGGAGGAGGAUUCUGUGUUGCCGCUCACUUGUAUUAGAUCCUGGGCCUCUUGCUUACCUUUGGACUUAGACAGGCCUAAUCUGUGAAGAUAAUUAAAGUUCCUCUACUCUGGAUGCUAGCCGAGGGCGGGCCCGGCCAUGUCCCCGCUACCCGAGGCGGAGCUGGUGCGCAGCUCGGUGCAGCUGUACCGGUACCUGCUCCGCUGCUGCCGCCGCCUGCCGCCCGGCCCCAUCCGCCAGCACUACCGGCACGCCAUCAGACAGAGUUUCAAAGUCCAUGCUGAUGAAGAUGAUCCUGAGCGAAUCCAGCAGAUCAUUAAGAGAGCCAUUGAAGAUGCUGACUGGGUGAUGAAUAAAAUGUCUUCAGACAAUUUACAUGAACUUCCAGAACUACAGCUGCUUUUCCUCAGACCUUGCCCAUGGCUGCAGAGAUCAGGGACAGACCACACAAGGGCAGAGCUGUGGUGCUGAGCUCCCCUGUGCUGUCAGACUGGUUUCUCAGUAUAAAAGCCAGGAAUAGAAGAGGAAGGAUGAAACCAAGAAGGACAUUGGUAAACAGCCUUAGAGGACUUGCAGUGAAGUUCCGUACCAUAUUGAAUUAUUGCCUGAAGUUUUCUCUUGGAUAAUAUAAAUACAAUAAUUGAUAUUUCACUGGGAUGUCAUGAAACUAAAUUAAUAUUUCUGAAGGUA